AUGUCUAAGAAGAUUUUGAUGUUACACGGGCUUGGUCAGUCGGGGGAAUAUUUUUGUUCAAAGACUAAAGGGUUUAGACAAGCUUUGGAGAACGAAGGUUAUGAGUUAGUAUAUGCAACUGCUCCAAAUUGUUAUACGCCUGCUGACAUGCCAGAUGAGUAUUCAGAGGUAUUGGAGGGACAUGAUGACGACAGAGUCCAUGCUUGGAUUGAGGACGAUAAAAAUAACAAUACUUAUAAACUUCCACAAUCAACCUUUGAUUACCUGCACGAUUUGGUGAUACAAGAGGGUCCAUUUAUAGGGGUUGUGGGUUUCAGUCAAGGUGCCGGUGUGGCCGGUUAUUUAGCAACUAACUUUAAUGAAUUACUAAAUUUAACCGAUGAGCAACAACCUUUGUUGAAGUUCAUCAUGCUUUUCUCUGGGUUCAGAUUGUUACCGCAACAAUAUCAAGCUCAAUAUGAUAACAAUUUGAUCACCAUUCCUACAUUACAUGUGCAAGGAACACUAGAUACAAUUACGGAAUUUUCUAGAGUAGAAGAAUUAUACAAUUCUUGUGAUAUGCAAAAGAGAACUUUUCUAAAGCAUGGUGGUGGUCAUUAUAUCCCUAACUCUAAAGGUUUCUUGAAAAAAGUCACCGAAUGGCUUAAUGAGUUAACUUAA